GGGUUGAGGCAAUGAUGUUAACACAAAAUCGCAAGCAAAGACAAUUGUAACACAUGGAGUAAGGGAACUGUAAGGUGCAUGGUUCCUACCACUCUGCAUCCUUUGAGCCUAUCUCAGAUCUUAAUGAUGGGGAGGGGCAGGCCCCUCAGGCUUGGUGUGCCCGCUGGGGCAUGUGUGUCUGACCCCAGCCUUGUGUUCUGGCCCGGGUAUCUGUCUGUGUCUUGCUGUCUGCCCUUUUCUCUUUUCCAGAUGAUUGGUGAUCAAUCUAUCUAACUGCCGGUAUGACAGCGUGCGCAGGGCCGCCCAGCAAUAUGGCCUUCGAGAGGCGGGUGACAAUGAUGACUGGACUCUCUAUUGGACCGACUACUCAGUGUCACUGGAGCGAGUGAUGGAAAUGAAGAGCUACCAGAAAAUCAAUCAUUUUCCUGGGAUGAGUGAGAUCUGCCGCAAGGACUUGCUGGCCCGGAAUAUGAGCCGCAUGCUAAAGCUGUUUCCUAAGGAUUUCCACUUCUUCCCCAGGACUUGGUGUCUUCCUGCCGACUGGGGAGAUUUGCAGACUUACAGCAGGACAAGAAAAAAUAAGACUUACAUUUGUAAGCCGGACUCGGGCUGCCAAGGGAGAGGCAUAUUCAUUACCCGGUCGGUGAAAGAAAUCAAGCCAGGGGAGGAUAUGAUCUGCCAGCUUUAUAUUUCAAAGCCAUUCAUCAUCGACGGGUUCAAGUUUGACCUUCGGGUUUAUGUGCUGGUGACCUCCUGUGACCCUCUCAGGGUUUUUGUGUACAAUGAAGGACUGGCUCGCUUUGCCACCACCUCUUACUCCCACCCCAACCUAGACAACCUGGAUGAGAUCUGUAUGCACCUGACUAAUUAUUCUAUCAAUAAGCACAGUUCCAACUUCGUUCAAGACGCUUUUUCUGGCAGCAAGAGGAAACUCUCCACCUUCAACUCGUACAUGAAGACCCACGGCUACGACGUGGAGCAGAUCUGGAGGGGCAUCGAGGACGUCAUCAUCAAGACGCUCAUAUCUGCUCACCCGGUCAUCAAACACAAUUACCACACCUGCUUCCCCAGCCACACGCUCAACAGCGCCUGCUUUGAAAUCCUGGGCUUUGACAUCCUGUUGGACCGGAAACUCAAACCCUGGCUGCUGGAGGUCAACCAUUCUCCAAGCUUCUCCACUGACUCCAAGUUGGAUAAAGAGGUGAAAGACAGCCUGCUCUAUGAUGCAUUGGUCCUCAUCAACCUGGGGAACUGUGACAAAAAGAAAGUCUUGGAGGAGGAGAGACAGCGGGGACGAUUCUUGCAGCAGUGUCCAAAUCGGGAGAUCAGGCUGGAGGAAGUCAAGGGUUUCCAGGCCAUGAGGUUACAGAAAACAGAGGAAUAUGAGAAGAAAAACUGUGGAGGCUUCCGGCUCAUCUACCCUGGUCUGAAUCUGGAGAAGUAUGACAAGUUUUUCCAGGACAACAGUUCCCUCUUCCAGAACACCGUUGCUUCCAGAGCCCGGGAGCUGUAUGCACGGCAGCUGAUCCAGGAGCUGAGGCAGAAACAGGAAAAAAAAGUCUUCCUAAAAAAAGAGAGGAAGGAAGAGACGCAGGGCGAGUCUGCGGGUGAGCAGGCAAGAGACAAAGUCGUGCGGCUCCAGCGACAGAGACAGCAGCCGAAGUGCAAGACGGUGGCCACCUGUCCCCCCAAACAAUCCUUACAUCCAGUGACCUUAGUAUCCUGCACAUCUGGCUUGCUCUUGAACAUCAGAGGCCUAAAGAAAGGUGAAAUUUCUGAUAGCCUCGAACAGAAGGACACCAAGGAGGCCAUGCUCAUACCCUGCAAGCCCGUGUCGGCAAGGAACUACAGUUCUGUCCCUGACCUGAGGAGUGCAAACCCCAGCUGCUCCGAGCCAGAGUUCCAUGUGCCCAAUGCCAAAAUCAAGGAAGUCAAGUCGGCCUUCAUGGUGAACAUAGAGAGCAUUGCCCAGCCCAUAACGUCUGUAGAAAGUACCCGAGAUGCCACAGCCCCCAUCUCAACCUCUCUAGAAUCCCUGGCAAGCAUGAGCCUCUCCACCAGCCCCGAGUGCAGCAGCCCCGAGAGUGUCCAUAUGGUCUCCUAUAACCGCAAGCAGCAGAAGGCCUCCUCCCACAAGCCAAUCCAGGAGAAGAAAUCCAAGCCUCUCAUGUUUUCCAAAUCCAGGCAUUUGGACCUGAACUGUACCUCGAUGAAGAAUGACAUUAAGAGGCAGUAUCUGAUGUCAGAGAUACUGCAGAAGGUUCACAUGAAGAAGAAACGCCCCUUGUUCCCGGCUCCCAAGUCACAAUACCCGACCUUGUCCAAGGAGCGGUGCCCCCACAGCCGCGGCUCCAGCAGGAAGAAAGAGAUGAAUUCGCCCUCCGUCUUCGUCCUGCAGGCUUCUCACAGCCGUGCUGAAUCUCUGAAUGACCUUCUGGUAGUUGCCACUCAGGCUCGCCUGGACCCUCGGCCCAGCAGAAGCCAUUCGGGCACUACGACAAGGGACUCCAGCACACAGGACCCAAAGCACACUGCCACUGCCUGAGCUCUGGUCACAAAAGAAUGUGAGAGGAAUCAGAAUCAGACUGGAUCUUCGCCAUUUCCUUUUCCUACCUCUUACUCCAGGAAAUGAUGUGUCUCUUCCUGCAGCGUCUGCAACAUCUACAGAAUGGACUGGAAGUUUCAUUUCCGCAUCUAGAAAUUCUGGUCUGAUAACUAUGUCUCGUUGGCACCGUCGAGGGCAGUGGCCUUCCCUUCUGUGCUCUCCCUGUUAGUUCACAGCGCUGUGUGUGUGGGACCAGGACCAACAGGGAUCCAGCGCUGCUUCCUUAGGACAAAGUCCACUUGCCUUAGCUGUGGUGCUCCCCCCAACCCCAGGGUUAGGCAACUUGAAGGAGGAGUGAGGGGAGGACUCCAGGAGUCCAGAGCCCUCAUUCCACCUGCAAACCUGUGCCAGUCCCCGCCCUCCUUUCUAAAGAAAAAGAAGGCAGAGUCGGGACUAAGUGUGGUGGAAUUCUGAGUCUUGGUGGAAAGAAGCAGGACAGUUUCGAAUUCACCAGCAGAAGAGAGACCACGCCCUCUCUACCAACCCAAAGGCCUUCCUCCCCAGCCCCGGGACUGCCUCUUGCUGCUAUCUUCCCUUUAGUCUUGCUGGCAAAGACAGGUAAUGUGAGAGAGUACCUAGCCUGCAGGUGUUUCUUCCAUUGACCUGCAGGCAUUAUAUGUCUGCCCACAUGUAUACAUUGAUAAAAUAAAUUGCCAUGCCCAAUGCU